AUGCCGCUUCAGUAUUGGACUGGUAUACAGCAGAGCGUACAGCUUAGGGACGUAAGCCAUCUAGCUGCUCACAAAAAGCACGUGCUGUUUGGUCAGAAGGUAUGUUAUGGUGACUUCAAGCAUGCGUGCUACAAGAUAGCAUAUUUCCAGGACUUGUCUAGACGUGUGGGCUUUGAGGAGGCCCGCCAAGCUUGUGAAAUGGAUGGUGGGGCUUUGCUGAGCUUGGAAAGUGAAGCUGAACAGCAGCUAAUAGAAAACAUGUUACAAAACCUCACUAAAUCAGGCUCUGGGAUUUCUGAUGGUGAUUUCUGGAUUGGGCUGUGGAGAAAUGGCGAUGGACUAGCCACAACUGCUUGUCCUGACCUCUACAAAUGGGCUGAUGGAAGCAUUUCACCAUUUAGAAAUUGGUAUACAGAUGAGCCUUCCUGUGGAAGUGAAGCCUGUGUUGUGAUGUAUCAUCAGCCAACUGCAAACCCUGGUCUGGGAGGGCCAUAUCUUUAUCAAUGGAAUGAUGAUAGAUGUAACAUGAAGCACAAUUUUAUCUGCAAGUAUGGCCCAGAUAAUGUCUUGGAAAAAGAAUUAGGAGACAGAGUGGAGCCAGAUUAUGGUAUCUUUCCAACAGUGCCAGCUGGAAAUCCUUAUGAUGCAAACAAACCAGAAGAUCAGUAUCAUGUUAUUGCUACUGAAACAGGUAUCUUUCCAACAGUGCCAGCUGGAAAUCCUUAUGAUGCAAACAAACCAGAAGAUCAGUAUCAUGUUAUUGCUACUGAAACAGGUAUAAUUCCAAAUCUAAUAUACGUUGUAAUACCCACUAUACCGCUACUGCUGUUGAUAUUGGUGGCUUUUGGGACGUGCUGUUUCCAGAUGCUUCAUAAAAGUAAAGGAAGAACAAAAACCAGUCCAAACCAGUCCACACUAUGGAUUUCAAAGACGCCUAGGAAGGAUAGUAGCAUGGAGGUAUAAUGAUUUAAUGACUGAAAAGACUGAGCCUGUGUUAUAGUGUCAUCUCAGCACAUUAGCUUGGAAUGGCUUGAAAAUUGCAAAGGAUCAACAAGAUGAACUGUAAGCUCCCCCUUGAGGCAAAUGUUCAAAUCAUUUUUUUGUCUAUAAUGUUUGAUUAUUAAUUCAGUAACAAAAUAUGCCAUGCUAAAUAUAGGAUAUAUGUUUGCUAAGAGACAUAAGUGAGCUAGUAGUGAGCGAUGAAAUGAACAGUACAUUUGAAGGUUUUAUGGGGAAAUAUCUACAAUGUACGUCAGUUUUAAGAUUGUUUGUAGUUCAGUACAACUUCUUUGUUUUCUUUAAUCUCUCCUGCAUUGUA